AUGCAACAUCAGCCUCAGCAUGGGGCACACAUACAUACAUGGUUGGCGGCAUCCGGUUUCGGAUUUGCCUGUCACUGUGGCAAGCCACAGGACGCCUGCGCCUACAGAGGGACCAUGGAUGGCUUGCGCUGCACCACCCACAGCUCCAACCACAUACCCCAUAUCCAGUGUAAACCCGAAGGAAUAAGACCGGGAGGCAUGCGGAUGGGAACCACGUUUCAUCAACGGAGCCGGCCCACACUCCUUCACAGGCAAACACAAGCACGCUGUAUUUGGGGAAUCAACCGCACACAAGGCGGUGGCUGGACCGUAGUCCGCUCCACACUGAGUGCAUGGAACCGCUCUUUGAGCCUAGCACGGCCACAAGAACCGUGCACCCCGUCCCCUCCAGCAACGACCAACUGUCUCCUGGAGCCA